UCUUUAUACCAAACAUCAGGUGUGUGAGUUACCCUUUUAAAUAAUUGAACCAAUUUCUUUCCUCCCAUUUUCCUUUUCUCAUCUUUCCAAAUUCCUGUCAAACUAAUCUCUCUUUCCUUUCCCUCCAUCAUUCUUUUCCCCUUUCCUCCCAACCAAACAAAAACCAAAAAGUUUAUUUGGGUCGCAGCUUGCAGAGAAAUGACUGAAUCUCCUCCUCAGAGCAUAUGAAAAUGGAGGUCGAUCGUGAAGCCGCUUCUGAAGGCCAAGAGAAGCAGAGAAAGGACAUCGUGGUGAUAUUAGUGGGUGCACCUGGUAGUGGCAAAUCCACAUUCUGUGACCAUGUCAUGCGAGUUGCUACCCGACCCUGGGUUCGUGUCUGCCAGGACACUAUUGGAAAUGGUAAAUCUGGAACAAAGACUCAGUGCCUGAUGAGUGCAGCCAGUGCAUUGAAAGAUGGAAAAAGUGUAUUUAUAGACAGAUGCAAUCUAGACCAAGAACAGCGUGUAGACUUUGUGAAGCUUGGUGGACCGCUCGUAGAUGUGCACGCUGUUGUGCUUGAUCUUCCAGCCAAGCUCUGUAUUUCUCGGUCUGUAAAGCGGACAGGUCAUGAAGGAAACUUGCAAGGCGGAAAAGCUGCAGCAGUUGUGAACCGAAUGCUCCAAAAGAAGGAAUUGCCUAAGCUGAGUGAAGGAUUCUCUAGGAUCACAUUUUGCCAGAAUGUAAGUGAUGUUCAAGUUGCCAUCAGUACAUACAGUGCACUUGGUCCAUUGGAUACCCUUCCAUCUGGCUCUUUUGGCCAGAAGAACCAAAACGCCAAAAUUCAACUUGGCAUAAUGAAGUUCCUAAAGAAAGUGGAUGCCCCUGUUUAUGCAGGAUCUGGUGCAAAUAUCUCUCAGAAUUCUACUGGUGAUCAAAUUGACAAGGAUCCCUGCAAUAGAGGACUGGAAAUUGAUUCUUCCUCAUCAGUUAAUGCUGGUAAGGAUGUAAUGGAUUGUGAAGACCGAGCAGUGGCAUCUGUUGUUGGUAGUGCUUCUUUGGACAAUGUUCCCACUUUGGCAUUUCCAUCUAUUUCAACUGCAGAUUUCCAAUUCAACCUUGAGAAGGCAUCCGAUAUUAUUGUUGAGAAAGUUGAGGAAUUUGUGAAUAGAUUUGGAAAUGUUAGACUUGUUUUGGUAGACUUGUCUCAUGGAUCAAAGAUAUUGUCUUUGGUUAGGGCCAAAGCUGUGCCAAAAAAUAUUGACUCCAGUAAGUUCCUCACUUUUGUGGGAGAUAUAACUCGACUAUAUUCAGAAGGAGGUUUGCGGUGCAAUGUAAUAGCUAAUGCUGCUAACUGGCGACUAAAACCUGGAGGGGGAGGUGUGAAUGCUGCUGUAUUCAGUGCUGCAGGUCCAGCACUAGAGAUUGCAACCAAGGAACAAGCUCAAUCUCUUAUCCCAGGAAAAGCUGUGGUUGUCCCUCUUCCUUCAACCUCUCCCUUAUUUAGUCGGGAAGGGGUAACCCAUGUCAUACAUGUUCUUGGACCAAACAUGAACCCACAAAGACCAAAUUGCCUCAGCAAUGACUACAUUAAGGGUUGCAAAGUUCUUCGCGAGGCUUACUCAUCUUUGUUUGAAGGUUUUGCAUCUAUAGUGAGGAGCCAAGAAAAGUUAUCCAAGAAAAGCACUGAGAAACUUGGUUCAAGGCUUUUAGAAUCACAAGAUAAUUUUGAGAUAAAUCCUGUGAAUCAAUAUCCAAACACUGAUCAAAAGAUGAAGAGAGAGGAUUUCUCCGAAUCUAGAAGGAACAAAAAGUACAAGGGAUCUCAGGAUGAACUUGCUACUGAUUCUAAAGAUGAAAAGAAUAACCCAUGCGAGGAUAAGAUUAAUGGGAACACAUCCAAGGCCUGGGGUUCUUGGGCUCAGUCUCUUUACCACGUUGCCAUGCAUCCUCAGAGGCAUAAGAAUGAUGUGAUAGAGGAUUCUGAGGAUGUUGUUGUACUGAAUGACCUUUAUCCAAAGGCACAAAGGCACCUUCUGGUUUUGGCACGAUCUGAAGGUCUUGAUAGUCUCGCAAAUGUAUGUAAAGAAGACCUUCAGUUAUUGAGGACAAUGCAUGCUGUUGGCUUGAAGUGGGCUGAGAAGUUCUUCUGUGAGGAUGAAUCAUUGGUCUUCCGCUUUGGAUACCACUCAGUCCCUUCAAUGCGGCAACUGCACCUUCAUGUUAUUAGUCAGGACUUCAAUUCAAAACAUCUGAAGAAUAAGAAGCACUGGAACUCGUUCAAUUCUGCCUUCUUCCGUGAUUCAGUGGAUGUAAUUGAAGAAAUCAGUAAACGUGGCAAAGUGACUCUAAAAGAUGAUGAUAGCCUAUUGUCAAUGGAGUUGCGUUGCCACCGAUGCAGAAGUGCACACCCUAACAUACCACGUCUCAAAUCACAUAUUAGCAACUGCCAGGCUCCCUUCCCUGCUUUUCUACUUCAAAAUGGUCGUCUGGUGCAUGCAGCAAGUAAAGAUGGCACUGAUCUGUAGGUAUUUACAGCUUAUCUUCAAGAUUUUGUGCUGCUGUAUAUAAUUUUGAGUCAUGCUCAUUGUUAGUGAACCCUUGUAUGUUAUCAAUCAUGUAAUACAGUUUCUGCCCUUGAUCAUGAA